GACUAAUACAACUACGCAACUGUGCUGAGACAUAUCAGCAGAGGUCAUCUAUCAGUGUAGUUGUGCGAGAGAGUCAGCUGCACGCAUGCUCGGCGAUACAAUACAGCAGUAGUAUGAGUGCUAUGCGACUCCGGUAGUUGUUCAGUGGAGUCGGUGCUAUCAUACGUUCCCUAUUCGCCUUUAUCGAGGGAAAUUGCUAGAAUUACACGCAACGGAGAUUAGAUUGUUAGUUGCUAUGACGAACAUGGCCUGUGCAAUAACUGGCGCUGUCGUGCGCGUUCACAUGUGUUGUGCUAUGCACAAGAAUUGCAUUGCGGCAAAUACAUACGCCAUCGCUACAUAUAGCCCGUCCCUCGGCACAUUCAGAAGAGAUGCGUCAAGCAGAUGUAUGCAGGGGUACGUGAACAUAUCCAGGCGGAGUGUUGUUAACAGCUCUGAAACUGAUGACAGGGGACUUUCAGGUAGACUGCCGCUUUAUAACUGUGCAAUGCCAGAGGGUGCACGCUUGCAGCCACACAAGAUGAGCAGGAGAACACGCUUCUACACCACAUCGAGUGCGGGCGAAAUGGAGGACAGAAUACAUGCACCACACAUGAGUGAAUCGAAUGGUGGAGAUGCUCGCAGUAGUAACAGGCACAACAGCAAGAAGGCUGCCGUGAAACGGUCGUCUACUGCAAUGGAUGGAAUGGUCAGGUGGAUGGCUCAGCGCGAGAUUACGCCAAAGGACUUGCUGGAACCAGUAGAGAGAGUGGGUGCUUUACACAGGGACGGGCAGGCAUCUACACCACACAUAGGUAUAGGUGGAGAUAAUGAGGCAGAUACUAUAACCACGGAUCCUGGUUAUAGUGGGGGCGCACAGCCUUCUAAAGACAGGCCGGUUAGACGACAGGAAGCUGCAAUGUCUCAAAGCAACGGUGUGCAGGGUGGUGAUGGAUCGCACGGGGAAAAAGCAACCAACCGUGCCUUAGAGGGUGACAGUGAGGAACAUCAGGCGCAUGCAACGGAUAUGAAUAUGACAGACGCACACAGGGAUGGCAGAGAUGUACACGAAAGCACACAAGAGACAUCUGGCAUGGCAAUUGCACGCGAGGCGUAUGCGGGUCGUGUAGCGGCUGAGGCAACUGCUGCAACGCACAGCGAAUUAGACGUAGAUGCAUACGAAGGGGGCUCUGACCGUACACAUACAUCACCACACACACACACAGUACCACACACACACACAGUACCACACACACACAAAGCACCACACACACAGAGAGUACCACACACACACACUGCAUCACACUCACACACAGUACCCCACACACACACAGCACCACACACACAGAGGGUACCACACACACACACUGCAUCACACUCACACACAGUACCCCACACACAGUCCUCAGCCACGAAAGAGGCUGUGGUCGACGCGUACGUGCACGAGCACUUACGUGUGGCCGCCAGCUCACACAACUGGUUCCUGAUGCUGCAGAUACUGAGCGAUCUCAAGGACAACCCCGACUGCCAGGGGGUGGAUACAGAGGCCAUGUACACGGUCGUGGAUGCAGUGAAGUACAUGCCCCUAACCGACGCCGUGAAUGUUUCUCGCAAGCUAUUCCAGGUGUGCAACACGCAUAUCAAACACUUCCGGCGCCUGCCCGACUCGCUGACCAAGCUAGAGGACUUGAUGGAGACCUUCACGCAGAUAGACAUGGUGUAUUGGGCUGAGCAGGCCUUUAUAUGGGCCACCGACAGACCCGCCACCAAGUUCAUCGAUGAGCCUCGGCAGCGCACGUACAACCUGCUGCUGGAGUGUAUCUCCAAGCGCAAGUCGCCGCUGCGCGUGUUUGAUGUGGUCAAUGAGAUGAAGCUCCGAGGCAUCCCGUACAACUUAGACACGGUCACGUAUGUGUUCAAGGAUUGCUACAAGCGGCGCCGGGGGGACCAUGCUCUCACCUUCUUCAACCUCGAGCAUGUGCGAGAACGUGCCACAGCCGAUGUGUACACGCUAUGCAUGGAAGCGCUUGUGCACGGCCGCAGGCUUAACCCGGAGCACGACGACGCAGUACAGGCGUAUAGUAUGCUCAACGAGAUGACUAACCGAGCUUUCAUAGAACGGCGCAAAGACCUGCGGCCCACUCUGGCCACGUACAAGGUCGUGUACAACGUCGCUGAUCUGAAGGGGCAGAAUGUGCUGUACAAACGCCUCAAGGCCGACAAGAUCACCUGCGACUACGAAUUCAUCUGCCAGCGCAUGGACACUCUGCUGGACCCACAGUACCCCGAAGUGCGCUCCGAGCGUACCGCUAUGGAUGUCAUCGACACAUUCCGGGACGCGCAGAAUAGGCACGGACUGUUUACCGACCCGCGAGACGGCCGUGAAGACCUGGGCAGCGAACACUGGGCCAUGUACGAACACGGGCACUACAAACUAGUGCAGGCGCUGAGCUACCUGUACAUGUACCACGAGGCCACCAACGUCUAUGCGUCGCUGGUGAAGCAGAACAUACCCCUGCGUAGUCAGACGGUGUCUGCGUGCCUGUACGCCCACGCGCACGCCAGGAAAUGGAACAGUUUAGGCCCUAUACUGACGCGGUUCUGGGACCAGAACGAGAUUGCCGGGCCGCACCUGACCCGAAGUCUUCCGGACGUCUGCAUGAUGAUGGCGCAGGAGCGCGGCAAGGACGAGACCUUUGCGCUGUGGAUCCACCACCAGGACAUGCUCAACGAGUGCAUCGACCCCACGUGGAUCUCACGCGUGCAGGUGGCCACCAUAGACGCCAUGAUGACCGAGUUCAAGCCCAUCAACACCUCACACGGCCCACGUCACGCCACGCGAGCGCUACAGGCACAUCCAGACGCUGUGGGGGCGCACGCGGACGACGAUGUGGCGGAAGUGACGUACGAAGAGUCCGCGCGACAACGGCGCACAGCCAGCGCAGAGGCCAUACGCCACGCCAAGCGCAUGCGACAGCCAGGCAUACGCUGGCACACGUACAAGAAGGAACGCCGACGCCUCAACGUGCAAGUGCUGCACGACAAACGCAUCGCGGACAGGCAGGCGCUGAAGGCCGAGUGGGGGGUGGUGGAUACAGUGGAUGUGGAUGGGUAUGAGCGACCGGAGAUGCGCAAGAGACUCACGGGAGACGACAAGCGCGCGGCGACUACCAGGCAUGUGCCCAAGUGGAAGGCACCCGGUAAGGGAACGGGGCGUUCCGUGGCCGCCAAGGGGUCUAUUGGGGGCCAACCUCCCCCUGUGGUGUUGUAGGUGUACAUGGUUUGUACAUUAAUGGGUUGAUAAGCUGCGUGGAGAGUGAGAGAGUGUGCUUCUCUGAGCUUCUCGUUGCAGUAUCGCGAAGGUGUGCGUAAGCAAGCGGCCUUGGAUCCAUUAUCCAUCGCCUUGUACGUGCAUACGACAAGUUGUCGUACGCUCACCACAUUGUCCAUUACAUGGUACAAUCAUACAAGUUGUCGUACGCACACCAGAUGGUAUACACAUACCCCUCCAUACGAAGUGUGUCUACACUCCGGGCGGAUCAUAUCUUGACCUGUGUCGGCAAUAUGCGUCGAAAGACGUCUUGGGACAACAAACCUCUAAACCCUAAACUCUAAAAUCAUAAAACCUUGAAACCCUAAAACUCUAAAAGUCUAAAC